CCGUCCUUCCACGCGCGGCGCUUCCGGGUCCGGAACAGGCGCCGCCUGUGGCACCUUCCGCUGACCCUGGGCACGGGCGGCCCCCCCGACCCACAGCGCUGCCCAGAUGCCACUUUUACCUCCUUUCCUUUCCUCUCCCCGCCAGAUUUGCUCCCUCGGGGUCCUCUGCCAGCCCUCACGUUUCGAUACAAUUCCCGUAUCGGGUUGUUUUUCUUUCCGCCUGUCGGCUUCUGAGGGCUGGACCGCAGCGUCUCGCAGACUGGAUUCUGCAGCUCGUCCUCUUUUCUACCGAGAGGACUCCGUCACAGGGUCUGUGAGACUGACUGUUCUUGCUAAGACGAGAUGAGAGCUAGAAACCGAAAAGGGGGCAGGCGGGGAUGUGUGGGUGCCAUUCACAGGCAGGACCGCGUAGGCAGCCAGGUUUUGAAGCGGGCGUGCCCUGUGUUUUUGGCCCAGGUAAAUGCUUUGAGCGUCGACUGGGAGCAGCGGCAUCAACAGCUGAAAACAGAGCAGGAGAAGGUGGUAGAGCUGGAAGCCCAGAUAAAGCUGCUGAACGCCAAGCAGGAAGAAGCCAUGGCUUCCCUUCAAGCCGACAUGCUGCAUGCCGCCGCCCAGAUCCAGGAGAAGGAGGGGCUGGCGGAGCAGCUCAGGGCGGAAGUUGCCUCGCUGGAGGAGAGGGUCAGGGUCGCUUGCCAGGAGGCUGCCGAGAAUGCAGCUGAGCUAGAAAAGGGCGCUCACGAGGCCCGGCUGGCUUUGGAGGCCACUCUUCAGCAGCUGACCAGAGAGGAAGCUGUGACCCAAACCUUGCCGGCGGGGCAGGACACCCUCCCGCUGCCUCUGUGCGAGCAAUUCCUGCGUGGCCAGGACACCGAGUGGCCAGGAAGGUCUGAAGGAGCAGAAGCCGCUGCGGAUGCACCACCAUCCACAGAGGCGCCAGAUACACCAUCCCCUGGCGGCCUCCAGGAGGAGGCUGACCCUAGAGCCACCAGGUUAGCACACGUCGUCAGGUGGAUGGCUGCUUCCUCCUGCAGUCUUUUGCUUCUUAGCAGGCCUGCCCUGACUCCCUGGAGCCAUCAGUCAGGGGAAAAAGCUGUGUUCAAAAACCCGCUCUCGUUUCAAAAAUGCGCAGCGGCGUUUGGGAAUCCUUUCUGGGAAAGGUUUCUGCUCAACUUAAGAGUUUAGAAAGCUGUAUUAUAUUACCAUUGUGUUUCUAACAUGUACCUUUUGCUUCCCGCUGGAGCUGAUUAUCACUUGGUGUUGAAUAAAAUGUCUAUUCCUGCAAAACUGAAUAAUCUUUCUUUCAGCGAGCAUGAAAGGGCAGGGCACCCUGCGUGUCCUGGGCAUGAUGGAGCUUCCACUUGUCCUCCAGUGCUGCCCAGGCGAAACCUCUGAGCCUACUUCUGUUUCACUGCCCCGAUUGAUGCUGCUUCUAUGUUCCAGGUAUCUUUGCCCUGCCUGGCAUUGCCACCAGAGGGUGCUCUUGUACUCACCAAUUCCUCCUGAGCCAGCCUUUCCCAGAUGUGUUGGGGCAGCAACUCCAGACUUGCUAAUGCGCUUGGUGGUGCUAGCUUCAUCUGAGCGGGGGAUGCUGCCCGUCUUCCUGUUCUUCGAAGUAGAUAGCAAAAUCCUACUUGCACCCUUUUGGCACUUACAGUGGAAUGUCCUGUGCAGCUUCACGGGUUGAUUGUGAACUCCUUGUCUGAUGCACUGACUUACUGGCAAUACGGUCCCAGAAAGGCUGGGACACAGCGUCCUGCGUGUAAGCAGAAGAGCAGCUAUCCAAAGGAUUGUUAGGCCUGUGGCUCCCCAUUCCAGAUGCAUUUGCAGUUUGAGAUUUCAAAAUGCUGGUAGAGAGUCCCCUCUGAUUACGGGAAGGCAGCUGUUGCGGCUGUCCCAGCAUUUGAGGUGUCUACAGUGGGGGCAGUGGGGCUUUCCAGAAUCCAUCCAUUCUUCCUGGGGUCCUUUGCUCAACUGUGUCUCGGCUCAGGUUCAGCCCUCGGUGUAACCUUGCCUUGCAGAGAAGGCGUCCCCCUUUCCCUGGCGUGGAUUCUUCCUCAGAUUGAGGAGCUGCCAAGGGUUCUCGUGGGAAGCACGUCUUCCGAGACAGCAGGCUCCUGAUCUUUGACCCUGGGAAUCUUCUGGACCAUUGCUCUGGCUGCUGCCCAGGCCUGGAAUACGGACUUUUGGGCUGGAGCCUCAAGGCCCCUUUCCUUCCCCAUCCUGUAGCUCUCUAGGCAGCAGGCGCAAGUACAGGGUAUCGGGAAAAAAUGGGUGCUCCUGGAAAUGGGGACUUGACUAGGCUUUCUGGACAGGAGCACAGAACAGGUAUCAAAUGGCAUUUGCUCUUGAAAUGCUGCACGGUGGGCGGCCGAGGAGGGAAAAGAGUGAAAUGGGAGUCUGGCCAGCACUGCCUUGCCCACAGGCCUUCUCAGUAAGAGCCAGGAAAACGACUGCCGGGACUGGGUCGGCCAGUGAGAGAUGACCCAGAGGAGCCUUGUCGAGGAGCAGCUGACCUGCAACCAGGUACUCGGCUGCCGUAAGAGAGAGAGAUCCUCCCCUUGCCACGGAAUAAAGUGAGUCCGCUUCUGAUCCAAGCGGUUGGCUGGAAUCUGUAUCCCCCCCAAGCAGGGGUGGGAGACCCUGCAAGUGUUAGAGUGAAACGCCCGUGAAAUUCCCAUUAAAGCUUCAAGACCAAGACAUGGAAGUGCUGAUGCCGAGGCCUCCCGUGGACCCCUGCAGGAGUUCAGCAAACUGCUCUCCUUGUUCAAGGAGCAGUUUACCUGGGCAGACCAAGACCUUGCAACACCUUUGUCUGCUUCAGCACCAGUCCCUGGAGCAGAGGAUAGGCUUGCCCGUUGCCCAGUGAGGCAUCUUCCUGGGGGUUUAGGAUGACUACUAAGAACCCCCAGGCUGGGAGGCCAUUUCCCGUGAAGGGUGGUUGGGCUUUUGCCAAUGUUGCAGCAGUUCCAGCCACAGAACGCGAAGAGGGCUCGCGUGCCUUCAGGUGCUCCCUAGUAGCGGCUCGGAGGCCUGCCAAGCAUCAUAGCCACCUUCUGCAGGACUCGAGCUCAGGGUCCUGCUUCUCUGGAACAGACGGUUGGAGCACCAGCCGGGAGUCUGCACUGGAGUGACCCCCAAAAGUCUGACACCGUGUCUGGACCGGCAGAUUCCUGAGGUGCCUUCCUGGAGAAUUAAGGCCUUAUUGAAUUCCUCUCACAGCUGCUGAUUAUAGCCUUUUAGUUUUUAUUGGUUGAUUUUAUUGCACGGCAUUAUUUUAUGUUUUGAAUAUUUUAUGGUAACAUAAUGAAAAGCGUAUCUAAAUUCCUGAAGAAGUAGAACAUUUCUCCUCCCUCAAUUUAUCUCCCUUCUGACAGACUGCUGUAAUUAAAGCCAGGGCCGAUCACCACGUCCCUGUGGCAGCAAAUUCCACCAAGAUCUGCAGCCCAUCGGUUCCAGCGGGUGACCGCAGGGCUCGAGCACGGAGAGACGCAGGAAAAUAUAUCUGUAGCCGCUUCCUCUUCACAGCCGUUUUAAAUUUACAAGCCUCGAUCGUG